AUGGCCCACGUCGUUACACCAUUGGACCAACCUUCGAACUACAAGGACAGUCAAGCGCGCCUAGAUCGUCAAAAACAGAACGAACUGCUUUCCAAGUCGACAACGCUUUAUGUGGGUAAUCUGAGUUUCUACACAACAGAGGAACAGAUCUAUGAACUGUUCUCCAAAUGCGCCAGCCUCGAAGAUGGCGGUGGGGUAAAACGCAUCAUCAUGGGUUUGGACCGUAACACGCGGACGCCUUGCGGAUUCUGUUUCGUCGAGUUUUACACACAUGCGGAAGCUCUGGCUACCUGCAGGUAUAUUUCGGGCUCCAAGCUUGACGAGCGCAUCAUUCGCUGCGACUUAGACCUUGGGUAUCGGGACGGGCGACAGUUUGGGCGCGGGAAGAGCGGAGGGCAGGUGCGCGAUGAACACAGGCAGGACUACGAUCCUGGUCGGGGUGGUUGGGGAGCACAGGCGCAGAGGGCUGAGAUUGAGAGGAGGAGAGAAGUUGAGGAGCGGUAUGCGGACGUGGGCACUGACCCGAUGGCAAGAGGUGGCGGCGACUGGGCCCAAGCGAAUGUGGUCGUGCAGCAGGAGAAACCCUCCCUCAAGAGGGAGAGGGAUGACGACGAUGCCGAAGGGGACGAAAGACAGGCUGCCCGUGCAAAACUGGAAGACGAUGUAGACGCCUCGAGAAUGUGA